AUGCCAGCGCCCGACGAAAUGUACGAUUGGGGCUGCGGUUACCAGCCGUACAACUGUACGGACCUUUGCUGGAAUCCUGUCAACAAAACCAAGUUUUGGGGCCAGGUCUCCACCAUGCUCAACUUGGACCCCUUAUUCACGGGUAACGACCACCGGCUGCAAGUGCUGGAGCAGCGAGGCUACCGAUAUAUGCUGUGGCAGGCCGCUACGUCCCCAUCCAAUCCGUACUUCGUACUGGGAAGUACGGCGGAGGCCCCUCAGGACCCCGUGACUCUGCGGAUUGCCAACUACAACGUGCUGCACUUGGAGCUGUCCCCCCGCGGCGGCUGGGCGCCCCCCUGGCGAGCCCCCUGCCUCGCUGCUGUGGUCCUGGGGGCUCUGCUGGUGGCCCUGCUGGUGUUGUGGCUGCUGGUGUCCCAGGAGCAGCACAACAGGCUGCUGAGGGCUAUGUUGCCGGGGAGGGUCAUCCGGCAGCUGCAGGCUGGCGAGGUGCCCAUUGCCGAGGAGUACGACACAGUGACGGUGCUUUUCAGCGACAUCGUGGAGACCAUCGGUGACGCGCUGAUGUGUGUGGCAGGUUGCCCAGUGCCCGAGGACCCGGUGGCGAGUGCCGUACGAAUCGCGAACAUGGCGCUGGACAUGGUGACUGCCGUACAGCAGUUUCGUCCCUCCGUGGAGGGGGUUCAGGGGGUGCAGAUUCGUGUGGGGAUACACUCUGGCCCGGUGGUGGCGGGUGUGGUGGGCAAGAGGAUGCCCCGGUAUUGCUUGUUCGGGGACACCGUCAACACCGCGUCCCGCAUGGAGAGCACCUCGGCGCCCAUGAGGAUUCAGCAACAGCAGCAGCAGCAACAACGUCACUCAGACGAAAAUCACGAGGAGGGGGUAAAGGAACAGGGUGACGUGCGGGGUGACGUGCGGGGGGAGGGCGAAGGGACACAGCAGCAGCAGCAGCAGCAGCGGCAGCAGCAGGUGGUGGUGGUGGAGGGGGGUCUGCAGGGCCGUGCGCAUCGGGGCGUGUUUGUGGAUGACCCCCGGGCCCAGGGGGGAAGUCCCCGGGAACAGCGGCAACAGCAACCUGGGGGACAGCGGCAGACGUCGAGAAGGCGGCUCACAGUGCCGCUGCACAUUCAGCCCCUUCAGCGGCUGAGUGCGAGUGUGGGAACUCUAUCGCCCGUUAGUGUCGCCGGCGGCGGUGGUGGUGGUGGUGGCGGUAGCGGCGGUGGCGGAGGUGGCUGUCAGGGCGGGUAUGCAUCUGGUCCGGCGCGGCUUUGCAGCGAAACCUCGGAGCUGCAGAGCCUCCAGGCGGCUCGCGGGCCGGGUGCGGAGUCUGUCCUUGCUUGGUCGCCUGUGUCCGCGGCCAGAGGGGCGCUGUACGGCAGCCUGGUCGGUUCCGCCGAACAACAGCAGUUCUCCGGUGGUGGCGGCGGCGGCAAGAAGGUGCUGACGAAGGACGGCGACAACGACGAUGAUGAUGUCGAAGCGCCUUUGGAUAUUUGCGCCAGCGCCAUGUCGAUGCGUACGGCAGUCGACCUGACGGCGGCAGCAAUAGCGGCGGGGGGAGGCAGUGCGGCUUUCAUGGCCUGUACGGGCGGUGGUUCCGGAGCUUGCACGAGUUUGGAUCCACGUGGUGGCGGAAUGCCGCUGCUGACGCUGACCCUGGAGGGCGAUAGGAACCUGACGGAGCAUUUGGAGGCGGUGUCGGGGGCGGUUGUCGGAGGUGGUCGAUGUGUAUGA